AUACAGGUAAUAGAAGGAGAUAGAUAUAAGUCCUUAAAUAUGUGCAUAUAUAUAUAAGUAUUACAAGUUAUCUCAGCCACCGAAGCGUCUCGACCGAAUUCGAGGACCGACGAACGCCGUCGUCGUCGCGCGAUCGCCCACGCAUAGUUGGUACGUUCCUGAGCGCGCGCGCGCACGCUCACGUGCGGGAGAAGGACGGGCUGAGCGCACGAGUGGGAGCGAGACGCCGAAAGGACGCUAGCUACCACCACACACUGGCGGCCACAGUGCUGCGUGCUACGGUGGUAGUGAAUGGAACGCGGUGUGCCGCACGUCCUCGCGUAGUACGACGCUCCGCGGGCACUGGCGCGCCCACCAAUGGCCGACGAGUACGGGCGGUCACGUGACGCGCGUGCCGAGCCAGCCAGCAGCAGCAGAACAUUGCAAAUGACAAGACGCGUAGGGCAUUGUCGUCGCGCCGCCGUCGCCGCUGCUGCCGCCGCCGCCGUCACCGCCGCCGCCGCCGCUGCCGCCGUCGUCGACCUCGCUGAGUGAAUCCUUCCGGUAGUCGGUGAAAAUCUCGUCGGUGGCCGCGCACAGCGAGUCCUCCGCGUCGGGACGCCGCGACGGGCGUCCUCCCAAGAUCGCCGUGGUCGUUAGUCAGUGCGCGCUCGCGACUUCGUCGGUGCUCCCGCGCCCUGAGAAAGAGAAAGAGAGAGAGAGAGAGAGAGCGGCUCUUUUCGGGCAAGAGGAAGCCGCCAGGUGCGCGCGUCCGCUCCGCGGAGCCGCGAAUCGCUCGCCGGCGCCGCUCGCACGCCGCGUGAGGGCGAGAGCGCGAGUGAGAGAGAGAGAGGAAGAUGUCGAGCUCGCAGCGUAUGCGAAAGUCCUCGCCAUGCUCGAAGCAGGGCCCGAUGCGCGCCACCCUGCCCGUGAGCUCGCUGCUCAGGCAGAGCCGGCAAGGAAGCAGCCUGCGAAAAAGCAACAGCAACAGUCCCACCGUCUCGCCGACGAACGCGGCGGCCUGGCGGGCGCGCAUCUCGCCGGAGACGUCGUCUUCCUCGGGACAGCGGAGCCCCGGGUCCCUGUCCUAUAAAGCCAAAUCAAAAACGUUGAGCGGCCGUUGCAGCGAUAGCUUGAGCGGAAGCCAAAGCAUUCGACGGACAGCGUCGCUGGAUACCAUCUAUUUGAAGGGACAGUGGCCACGUGACUCUUAUUAUCUGCAUUCCAGUCUUCUCCUGGUGGACAAGUCCACUCAGACGGAAGAAUGGUCCAACGAACCAAGAAAGAUGCACCCUCGUCAUCCCACAGACCAAACUACCACAGAUGAGAAAUUGGAAAAGUACUUCAGGCAUCGAUUACAACGUACAAACAAAGAAGGCACCAGCAGUAGAGAACGGACAGCGGCAUUUGGAUUAAUCAUGCCGGGUGGCCCGCCGCCCGCACUUCCCGGAGAUCACUCAGUACUUUUGCCCAGUAUUGCUUCACAGACAUCCAUGCACAAUCAGUUUAGUUUGAGUACAAAAGCGAGCCCCAUGAAUAUCCCGAUGAAACCGAUCAGGCCUCCAAUGCGUUCGUCCAUCGAGGGAUUGAACCAGGAGAUCGAAGGACUCGUGCUCAAAUCUGUAGCCAAUACUAGCGACGCAGACCAUCCAGUAGAAGACAAGUAUGCACGAUAUCGCGAACAAAUCACACCUGAAGGACAUCGCGCUCCUUUAGCGGACCUAUUGCGGGCCACCCGAAGUGUUAACACACAAACGCCGGCUACCGACCUUCCCUCCAGUUCUUAUUCGUCAGGCCCUCCAUCUAGGAAUUCUGAGUCUCCGCUGAUUCCUGGUCUUAUGGAUGCGUCCCGUCCGCCUAGCGAUCUCUUACAAGGCGGAAGCCGCGGUUCAACGCCUGAACAAGACAGAGAAGGACGUCUCGGCACCUCCCCUCACAUUAACAGGUUCCUGGCGAGGGAACCACCCGAUGGCUGUGAGAAAGUCAACCUCAAAUUCGUGGAAGAAGCGAGGCGGCCCAAAGAUUUGAGCAAACUAGACUAUUGCCCAAAGCCGUGCGUACCAUUCCAAUUGAAACCUAGCUUGGGAUCAGCGUUCCUGCCAUUGCAACAGCCGGCCAGUCCGACGAUGGUCGCGAGUGCAUCACCCUCCGCGCAUACAACACCGACCACACCUCCUCCAAAUCCAUAGUCCCACUCUUUACCCUGCGGUGUUACACCUAUAAGCCCGAUUAGUAGACAUACACACAUAUAUGUAUACAUAUAUAUAUAAUGCAUAUAUAUAUAAAUAUGUAUAUGUAUAUGUACAUAUAUAUACACAUAUAUAUAUAUAUUUUUUUUUAACGACCACACACACACAUGUAGGUAGAAAGUGAUUUACUUCGACAUAAAGGCAAAUAUACACCGAUGAAAGAAAGGAAAAAAAAAAAGUUACCGAACAAAGA